CUGAAACGGAGGUCCCGACGCGGGGAAUCAAACGCAGAAACAUCAUCGAUGUUGGAGGAAAAAAAUAUCCGAUCUCUGAAACUUCAAUGUUGUACUGUUGACGCCCGUUUUAGUAUUUUGUUUUGGCCCCUGUGGCGGGAAGAAGAAAUGUGUUUCGAAAGAAUGUGUUCAGUUCAGCGCUUUGUUGCGGAGGCCUGCCCAGACAUGAUGAAUGGAGUGUGAUUGCGAACAGGAUCCGGAGAUUUCUCCCUUGCCCCGGGCUGUCGAACCGCCCGUCAUGCGGGUCAAGGUGAAGCGCUGGAACGCCAUCGCUACCUGGUUCUGGGUGGCUAACGACGAGAAUUGUGGUAUUUGCCGCACGGCGUUUAACGGCUGCUGCCCGGACUGUAAAGUUCCAGGAGAUGACUGCCCAUUGGUGUGGGGUCAGUGCUCUCAUUGUUUCCAUAUGCAUUGUAUCCUGAAGUGGCUGAACUCCCAACAAGUGCAGCAGCAUUGUCCUAUGUGUCGACAAGAGUGGAAAUUCAAGGAGUGAUAAGCAACUGGACAAUUUGAGCCUCUGGACUCCACACUCAGUUAGAUUUUGUCCAUUUUCUUCGUGUUGCAAUAAUAAUGCAACAAUAAAAAAAAUUAAACAAACUAUUAAAGAAAUUCAUGCCAAUGAAAUAUUUUACAUUUUGUAAGUAUGUAUCUACAUACAACAGUUGAGCUGCUAAAUGAGUAGCCAGAUGUUACACAUAAAAUAACUACUAUCUGACUUAUUGAGCUACCAGUAGAAUUAAACUUUGUUAUAAACCUUG